AAGAAGAGGAGGAGGAUGAGGACUUUUCCACAGAGGAGCAGGAGGAGGAAGAGGACGAGGACUGGGAGAAUGCAUUAUCAGUGGAGAGGUUCGGGAACAUCAUCACUGACUCCACGUUCAGCGGCGGAGAAAAAAUGGGCCGCAACUACAACGAGAAGGAUUUUGAGUAUCACCGGCACACCUUUCACCAUACCCACCACCCGCUGUCCACCCAUCUACCCCCACCCCAGCGCCUACGCAAGCGGGUGCUCAGCAUGGACCGCAAACGCCGGCUCAAGAAGAAGCGCAAGAACAAAAAGACCUCCAUGGCGCCCUCGGAGGUCACACCCACCAUCCAUGAGGUAGACGAGGAGGAGGAGGAGUCUGAGACAGAGGGGAGGGACCUGGCAGUCACGCCCACCGAGCAGCCCGACGACCAACAGCAGUUUAGCCUGGGGAGUGAGGAGAAUUUGGAGCCGGCUGUCCCAUUAACUUCCUUCCACAUGGAGAGCGAACAACAACAUCCGCAGCCGGAGAAGGCCACACUGGCCACGGCAGAGGUGGUGGAGGGGGAGUUGGAAGAGGCGCAACAGGACAUUCGGGAGCAACCAGAGGAUGAGGAGGGUGAUGAAGAGUCCACCAACAGGUGCCCCCCCUCUGCGGACCCCCCCACCCGAGGCUGGUUCAGGAGGAAUCCUCUCCACCCUUCACCGCGGACCAGUUACGACCUGCGGGAGCGCGUCUGUAUCGGCAGCAUGACAGCCAUGGAAACAGCCGUGUACCGGAAGGUCCCCACCGAUGAGGCUGAGGCUCAGAUGUUGGCUAGCGCCGACCUAGACGACAUGAAGAGUCACCGAUUCGAGGACAACCCUGGGGUGAGGCGUCAUCUGGUGAAGAAGUCAUCUCGAUGCCAGCUCACUCAGAACAGCAACAGCUCUCCGCCCCAGUCCAGCCUGAAGAGGAAGAAGAGAGUGGCUGACAAGAAGACCCAUGAGGUGUUUGUGGAGCUCAAUGAGCUGAUAGUGGAUAAGAACCAGAAGAUGCGCUGGAAGGAGACGGCUCGUUGGAUCAAGUUUGAGGAGGACGUGGAGGAGGAGACAGACCGCUGGGGAAAACCCCAUGUGGCUUCACUCUCCUUCCGCAGCCUGCUGGAGCUCCGCAGGACCAUCACACAUGGUGUCGUCCUGUUGGACCUGGAGCAGACCACUCUGCCUGGCAUCGCCAACCUGGUGGUGGAGACCAUGAUCAUGUCAGACCAGAUCAGAGCGGAGGACCGGGCCAACGUGCUCCGUGCCCUGCUGCUCAAACACCACCACCCCAACGACGAAAAAGAGGGCCUUUUCCAUCGCAACCAAUCUACUAAAAGCCUUCACGGCAGCUUCCAACGCAACCACAACCACGUUCCCGACACCACGGUGCCCCUAGUGGCUGAAGAUCCUACAGAGGUCCUCCACCAUGAAAAGAAGCAGCAGAGCAGAGAUGUGUUUAAAUCACUCCAUCCCCCCCUGCCGAUGGCUCUCCAACAACAGGUUACCAAACACACAAAACUCCUAGCCAAGAUUCCCAAGGACGCAGAAGCAACUGUGGUCUUAGUGGGUUGCGUGGAGUUCCUGGAGCAGCCAGCCAUGGCCUUCAUCAGGCUGAGUGAGGCGGUCCUGCUGGAGUCGGUCCUGGAGGUGCCGGUGCCGGUCCGUUUCCUCUUUGCACUGCUUGGACCCGCUCAGUCCAACAUGGACUACCAUGAGAUUGGACGCUCCUUCUCCACCCUCAUGUCUGACAAGAACUUCCACGAGGUGGCCUACUUUGCGGACGACCGGCAGGACCUGCUGAACGGCAUUAAUGAGUUCUUGGACUGCAGCAUCGUCAUCCCCCCGUCGGACGUGGAAGGCAAGGACCUGCUGAAGACAGUGGCCUCCUUCCAGAAGCAGAUGCUGCGCAAGAGGAAGGAGAGAGAGAACAUCAAGACCCACACCACCCCCUGGACAGACCAGGAGACCAAAGAGGUGAGCCAGGAUGAGCAGGAAGAUGAGGAGGAUCAGGAGGUGGACCCCAUGAAGAGGUCGGGCAUCCCCUUUGGAGGCUUCAUCCAUGACAUCAGGCGGCGCUACCCGCGCUACGCCAGCGACAUCAAGGACGCCUUGGACUCACAGUGCAUCGCCGCCGUCAUCUUCAUCUACUUCGCCGCCCUCUCACCCACAAUCACCUUUGGGGGGCUGCUGGGAGAGAAAACAGAGGGCAUGAUGGGAGUGUCUGAGCUCAUCAUCUCCACAGCGACUCUGGGGGUACUUUUCUCUCUGAUGGCUGGACAGCCCCUCCUCAUCAUCGGCUUCUCAGGACCCCUGCUGGUGUUUGAGGAGGCCUUCUACAAGUUCUGCCAGGCCCAGGGCUUUGAGUACCUGACGGGCCGGGUGUGGAUCGGCUUCUGGCUCGUCUUUAUAGUGCUGUUGAUAGUGGCGGCCGAGGGAAGCUUCUUGGUUAAAUACAUCUCACCCUUCACCCAGGAAAUAUUUGCCUUCCUCAUCUCACUCAUCUUCAUCUACGAGACCUUCUCCAAGCUCAUCAAGGUAUUCCAGGAGCAUCCUCUGAUGAGAAGCUACCCGCCUGCCUUUGGCCUUCCCGGCAUGGAGUUCACCAACCCCACAGACCCCCACGGCCCCAUCCUAAACCAACCCAACACGGCCCUGCUGUCUUUCAUCCUCAUGCUUGGUACCUUCUUUGUGGCCUACUUCCUUAGGAAAUUGCGCAACAGUCGAUUCCUGGGCGGGAAGGCCAGAAGAAUCAUCGGAGACUUUGGCAUCCCCAUCUCCAUCCUGUUCUCUGUACUGUUGAGUUACUCCGUCCCCGACACAUAUACCCAGAAGCUGAAUGUACCGUCUGGUUUCUCAGUCACGUCUCCUGACAAGCGGGGCUGGUUCAUCAGUCCGUUCGGCGACCUCAAGCCCUUCCCCGCGUGGAUGAUGGGGGCAUCGGUGGUGCCCGCCCUCCUCGUCUUCAUCCUCAUCUUCAUGGAGACACAGAUCACCUCACUCAUCGUCAGCAAGAAGGAACGUCGCCUGGUCAAGGGCUCUGGCUUCCACCUUGACCUGCUGCUCAUCGUCACGCUGGGCGCCAUGUGCCCUCUUUUAGGCCUGCCCUGGCUCACCGCGGCCACGGUGCGCUCUGUCACGCACGUCAACGCCCUUACUGUCAUGAGCAAGGCCACAGCGCCCGGCGAGAAGCCCGUGAUCCAGGAGGUGAAGGAGCAGCGGUUGACAGGCCUUGUAGUCGCCGUGCUCGUGGGCAUGUCCCUCGUGAUGACAGAUGUGCUUCGUCACAUUCCACUGGCCGUGUUGUUCGGUAUCUUCCUCUACAUGGGCGUCACGUCAAUCACCGGCAUCCAGCUCUACGAGCGCAUCACUCUCAUGUUCACGCCAGCCAAGCACCACCCCGACCACAUAUAUGUGACCAAGGUGAAGACGUGGCGUAUGAACAUGUUCACCAUCAUCCAGCUGGCCUGCAUCAUGUUGCUGUGGGUGGUCAAGUCCACCGUGGUCUCGCUCGCCUUCCCCUUCAUCCUCAUCAUGACCGUGCCGCUCCGCCGCCUCAUCCUCUCCCGGAUCUUUGAAGAGCGUGAGCUCCAGGCGCUCGACGGGGAAGACGAGUCAUCCCCCAACUUUGACGAGGAUGGUCGGGACGAGUAUAACGAGAUUCACAUGCUUGUGUAGACACGUGACACGGGGAGGCCCAAUAGGCUCUCACUGUCUCCCAACACUAACCAAUUACGAGCAAGCUUCUUUGGAAGGCAAACCUUAUUAUGUCUGGGUAGCUGUGUUUUUCAACCCCCUCCAGAUGUGCUGAGGGUAGAAUAUUUGUCCAACAGAGAAACAUUAUUAUGUAUACAUAUAUAUAUUAUAUGUGUAUAUUACUGUGUGUACAUAUAAAUUCAAAUCUGGCUCCUCUGUGAUCAAAAAAUGCUGUAAAGGAAUAACCCCAUUGUUAUGAUUUGUUUCUGUUUGUCCUGCUCCAACUAUAUAUAUUUUCUCUCAGAAGGUGAGUAACAACUCUACUGCCAUACUGUGACAGAGUGGGUGAGGAAUCCUAAAGUGUGUGACACGGACAAUGCACCAUUUCAACACAGACCAAUCAUUUAAAAACGCUCCUCCCUACACAAACUCUGGACAUGGGUUCCUCCCAUUUCCUUUAACGGUCAAGCUCACUACAGAUUCCAGGCGUACGUGUAAUGUCGACAACCCCAAGGAUUCCAGUAGGUUGGUUUCCUCUCCCAGUGUUGGAGUCCCAUAUUUUUGGGGCACCGGUGGGAUGAACACUGGUUGUACGACACCCUCACAUGUUUCACCAGGAGCCAAUAUUCCACUGCCUCCUCAGCGUAACUGCCUUCCCCCUCUUCUUCAUACUGUAGGCAUUAUCAGUGCAGUUUGAUGACGUUGCUAACCAAACAGUAUGACGUUCCCUUUUAUUUGUUUUUAGUUGUUUGCUACUCGCAAGGACACGUUCACCUUUGACCUUUGCGAUUCACCUGCACUGCCACACCAGUUCCCUGGUCCAAGAACAGAAGAAUCAUUGGAUUAGACCUCUCAGGGCAUUUCCUCUGAAACGAAGAUGCACUGAGGACUGCUUGUGUGUUGGAGCAGUUUUUCUUUAUGAGGUAUAUUCGGCAUUACAUGCCAGUCCAAUGAUGUCACUGUGGAUGUAUAUGUGAACACAUUGUGAUCUGCUGACCUUGAAUACGUUUCAAUUGUUUCUUUAGUACUUCUGACCAUAUGAAUGAAAUGUUAUCCUACCUAUUUAUUUACAUGUUGUUUUAGUUGCCAAAAUUCUAUGAAGCCAUAUUGACAUAUGGGAUUCUUUCUUAAUGUCUGUUUGUUCAAUUAAUAACUUUAUUUGAAACCUUUGUCACAGUCACUGGAAUUAUGCCACAGUUAUCAAAAUCACUGUAUAGCACCACUGUCAUUGUGUACUUACAUGUUCUGAGGGCAACUGUUGGAUAUGAAGGGUACUGAAGCUUCAUACGAACCUAACCCUUGAACUGCAAAUAGAUCUUUGACCAUUAGUUUGUUGUUCCUGUUGUGAACACAAAUCAGUCAUGACAUUUUAAAAUGUUUUUCAAGUUAUACACAGUUGGUUCAGAAGGGAUUCUAUACAACUUAGCAUUUGUUUAACAUGUACAGUCUCUGGAAUGGACUCUUUACCCCAAGGUUCAGAGUUAUACCCCACACAGAAUGGCUGUGUGUUUAAAAUGUACGUUUUCAUGAGCUGUGUUGCAGAACCAUUUUUGACUCUGGUUGUAUUAAUGCUAAAUGCUAGGAUUGGAGACUUAUUGAAUGCAGAUUGUGUAUGGACAACCUACUUAGCCCCACACCAUGUGAGACUUAUUGAAUGUAUAGGCCUACCCAAUGGGCACACACUGGUUGAGACAACGUUGUUUGACGUUGAACCAACGUGGAAUAGACGUUGUAUUGCGGUCAUUGGGACAGAGAAAGACCGACACUCAAAAAAAAGUCCUCAGUCAAGAAUUGGAAUUGUGGUUAUUAUUCAAAAGAAUAAUAAGGGUUGAUCUGUCAGUAUUCUCUGAGUGUUGGAACAGGGACAUGAACAUUGAAUUGUUAUGGAGCCGGGGAAAAGGCCUGGCAUGUUAGACGUUGGGAAUCCACAAUGUUUCGUCACCUGAUACCUCCAUGCUAGCACAGACCAGACCACCCACCCAAAAUCUAGGAAUAUAGCCUUGUUAUUUUUGAACCGACGCUACCUAGACCUCUCGCUUGAUUGAAAGUCUCCGGGACCAUUUUUUCCCCCUCAUUUGAUUGGAUGUCUAGGACAAGGAAUGUUUUUGUUGUCUGUACAUUAUGCACACUUGUGAAGGCUAUUAAUUAAUAAGUAGACCAUCAGAAAUGUACUCCUGUAUAGCUUUAUGUAUCUACUGUCAUCAGGAAUAUGAUAGAACCGCUAACCCUGUGGCGACAUCCUAUUGUAUAAUGAGCUCGUUUUUCCCCAGUCCUUUUUUGUACUGCAUAUUCAUUUGAAUUAAUGAGUCAUUCCAAACUUGUUUGCGCCAUGUAAUAAAUAUGACGUUAUAAAGGUGAAGAUCCCCUUUAAAUAGUUAUUAUUCUCUUUAGAAUUCUCUAAGCGUCAGGUCAGUAAUUAUUUAAAGGGGAAUUUUACUUUAAUUGAGUGUCUUGAGGCAUUGAAAAGAUGUCCUGCAGGCCACUUGUAAUGAAGCACUUAUGACAUACUAUUUAUGCUUCAGUACAGGACAAUGACUUUAGUUUGAAUGGUUUUUACAUGCUAUACUUGUGUGUUAAAAUCAGCAUGAAGUCAUGUCACACACAAAUAUAGUGACACACACAUAAACAUAUUGCCACACUCAAACAGAGAUAUAACUCGUUCUGCUCUGAAAACGAUACCUGACUAUAAUGACGAAGUGUGGUUUGUCAGUCUGAGAAUUUUUUUUAAUGUGAGUUUAUUUUAUGGUAAAUUAUUAAUUACUUUAGCAUUAGCAAUACUGAAAUAUACUUAUGUUAUGUGGAUACUUGAAUAGCAAUUCAGCCUGCUGUUAUUGUGAAGGGGUUUUCAAACUACUGUAAAACAAAUUAUUUUUUUGUCUGAAAAUAAAUAUUUAUUAUGUGUUUCAAAUAAAUCUAUCAACUCUUUA